GUGCGACUGAUAACGCUGCGGCAGGAUGAAGGAUUGUGGAUAUAUAAAAUGAGUUCUUCACUGCAGGCGAAUUGGAAAUAAUAAGUCUGAGUUCGUUCUGCGACACCUUCAAUCUCUAGGGUUGUCUAGUGCAUCGCGUGUUGUGUCGCGUCUCGUAACGUGAUCGCUCCCCGGUCUGUGUCAAGAUGUUGUUCCAAAAAGCGACUCUCCUGCGUGCCGUCGCAGCGUGCUGUUCAACGGGAUGCAUUGCGGCUGUAUCGAGCUGCGGCUACACCAAGAACGGUCUCAAGUGGACGGGUGCUACUCGGAUGAACCAAGUUCAGGUCAUCGGCACUCACAAUUCCUAUCACCUCGAGGUUCCGUUAGAAGCGCGUGAGGUGCAAUCCCAACUGCUGUCGAACAUCAUCAACCUCGCGUACUCGCACCCCGCACUCGACAUCCAAGCGGCAUACCAAUCCGUACGUAGCUUCGAGAUCGACGUCUAUGCCGAUCCCGAGGGAGGCUGGUAUGCGACUCCAUAUGUGAUCCGCGAGUCGGGCACCGAGCUACCUCCGCAAGACGUCAUGAACAAGCCCGGCAUCAAGGUCUUGCACAUCGCAGACGCCGACGUCUGGCAGACCUGCUACACGUUCAUCGAGUGCAUUACCGUGGUGAAAACCUGGUCCGACGCGCACCCGGGGCACGUGCCGAUCCCGUUCAUGAUCGAGUUCAAGACAGCCGAGACCGGGACCGGUGGCGGGGUGCCCCCGAUUCCGUGGGACGACAGCGAGCUGCUCGACGGCUUCGACGCUGAGAUCCGCUCCGUCUUCCCGCCGUCGAAGCUUGUCACGCCAGACGACAUCCGACGCGGCAACUUGACACUGGAGCAGUCGGUCUUGGCCUACGGGUGGCCCGACCUCGAGUCAGCGCGGGGCCGCGUGCUCUUCCUGAUGGACAACUCCCCGGGCGCGAUCCGCGAGGUGUACACCGCGCAGCGGCCUAACCUCGAGGGCCGCGUCCUCUUCACCAACUCGGCGCCCGGGAACGCCGACUGCGCGUUCCAGAAGCUCAACGACCCGCGCGGCGCCGAGAACCUGGCCAACAUCCAGGAGCAGGUGCGCGCGGGCUACUGGGUGCGCACGCGCUCGGACGAGCCUAUGUCGACGAUCCUCAGCAACGACACGACGGGCAUGCGCGACUCGGCGCUCGCUAGCGGGGCGCAGAUCGUCAGCACCGACUUCCCGGCCUACGGUAUGACGAGCCGCUGGCAUGUCGACUACGCCGUCCGGUUCGAGCGCGGCAGAGCAGCGCGGUGCAACCCCGUCACCGCGGCCGCCAACUGCCAGGACCGUUUGCUGGAGGCCGAGGAGUACGUCCGAAACUGAGCCGACGUUCGUUUCAUAGGGCAGAGGCUAUGCUCGCUGGCACAUUCUCUUCCGCCUUCUUCCCGUCCGGUUAGAUUAGGUAGCUCGGAUUUGAUAGUCUAGGUAGGUAUACCUAUGAGUAGGUACAUCUAAAUCUAAAUACGGCCCGCGAUGGGAAAGCGACAGCAUGCCGACUCGUGACAAUACAGCAAUUCCAAAUACCUACCUACCCAUAUCGGUACGAGUUCGGGGACGAAGAAGAAUUCGCAUGGGUGCCUCACCUAUCGGAUCUGUCGGUGGCCUGAUUGCCGAGAUCACAUUAGCGGCUUGGCAGAGGCGGUGAGCCCAAAGCAGGAAAGGGUCUGGGAAAGGAAGCGAUCGCGCUCUGGCGCGCCACGACGACAACAGCUUCUG